AUGGGGUUGCCAGUCGUGGCCACGGUCUGUGCUGCGGCGGCGAUGUGCACGACCUCCCUUCGUUUGUGGUAUCGGUACAGCCGAAGACACUUGGGAUACGAUGACGCCUGGGCUGCAUUGGCGCUCGUGACUUACUGCUUCCUGCUUGCGGGUGCAUAUCUGCGAUCGGACCGCACGGCCACGUACGAGCAGCGGGUCACUGGGUACUUUAUGCUCAACGCGACGUUCACCACGGUCAUAUGGUUCGCGCGGCUGAGCAUAUUGUUCUCGAUCAUGAGGAUCAUUCCGACUCUCAUGGUUCUGCGGCGCUACGCGUACGCAGCGGCUGUCCUGUUCCUUGCAGAGUGGAUUGUCCUGCUGGUCCAGAAGACGUGGACAUGCGAGCACUAUGAUGCGUGGAAGACCGACCGCGCAGCGCAGUGCGUCAUGGGCAAUGCCGUCGGUGCGGUCGAGUUGGCCACGGACAUCUCCGCCGACCUCAUUCUGGUCAUCCUCCCCAUCCGUCUGUUCUGGGACAUCAGCAUCUCCGAGCCGCGGCGCAAGCUCCUCAUCACCAUCUUUUCCGCAAGCCUCAUCACCACCGUCGUCAGCGUGGUCCACGACGCUUACGAGCUCGGGCCCGACCGCAACGCCGAGGCCAUCGCCGCACACGUCGAGGCAUCCACCUCACUCGUCAUCUGCAACCUCGCCGUGCUCGUCACCUGGCUCGUCCGCGCGAUCCGACAAAUGGAGGACGUCGAGUCCGGCAGGACAUCCGACUACACGUCGAGCAACAAGCAUCGGCGCAACAAGAGCGGGCGCGACGGCACCGGCACCCGGCUUACGACCAUUCGCUUCGAACAGCCUGCGAUCGUGCUCAGUACGAUGGACGAGUCCGCGAGCGACGCGUGCUCCAGCAAGACCGCCGCCGCCGCCGCCGCCGUGCGCGGCGAGCUUGAGGACCUCGCCCUCGAUCCGGCCGCGGUGUCGUUUGCGGAGGUGAAGAAGCAGAAUGAGCAUCGCGAUAGCUAUGGCGAUUCGGUCAUAUCAAAAUGA